AUGGAGAAGGAGGUAUUAAACAUACCUUUAUCCCCCAAGCCUGAUGAGGAUAAGCUGGUACAACUAUCUGCGAUGAUGGAAUCACAAAGGCAUAUUAAUAAGGAUAUGCGGGAUCUGCUUGCACAGAUAGUUAAGAUGUAUAAGACGGAACAAGAAAGGGGGCCACAAGUGCCGUUGGUGGCUAAGAGUGUAGCUUCCAUUAGCGUGCAAACUCAGGGAGCACUAAAGCGUGCUGCGAAAGAAAAACCGAACGGCCCACCACCCAAAGUCCAAAUUAGAGAAAUUGGAAGUAAGGAGCAGGAAACGAAUUUUCACAAAUGGCAGCUAGUGCAAAAGAAAAAAGGGAAAACUGUGCCAAAUCUGGACCUCAUUAAAGCGCCUAGAGUAAAACCGGAAGCAAUUCUCAUUAGUAAGACGGCAGACAAGUCUUACGCUGAAAUGUUAAAGAUCAUUAAAACAAAACCAGAGCUACAAGAAUUCGGAAAAAACGUGAACAAAAUCCGAAAAACUAAAGAGGGGGAAAUAUUGAUUCAGCUUACCAAAGAAGCUGGAAAUUUAGCGAAGGACUUCUGCAAUGAAAUGAAAAACACACUUCAGAAUUGUGCUAGUGUAAAAUCUUUAACACAGCACACCCUAAUAGAAUGCAGGGAUUUGGACGAGAUAACAUCCAACGAAGAGGUGCGCGCGGCGAUUGCUGAUCAAUUUCCAGCAAUAAAUGUAAGUGACAUCAACGUCAAGUUUUGGCGUGCCGCAAGGGACAGCACAAGAUCAGCAAUUAUUGACCUUCCUACUAAGGAUGCCAGUGUAUUGAUCGCAGCUGCCUCAGUCAGAGUUGGCUGGGUACGCAGUAGGAUCAGAAAGCAUAUCACACCCAUGAGGUGUUUCAAAUGUCUUCAAUUUGGACACGCUGCUAGACAGUGCAAAAGCGAUAAUGACAGAUCAGGCACAUGUAUGAGAUGUGGACAAGAUGGCCACAGGGCAAAAACGUGCUCGGCGCAACCAAAAUGCAUCCUAUGUCCGGAAAACUGCAACGGUGGCAAUCUACACUACUCAAGAAGUUCCAAAUGUGAAUUCUACAGGAAGGCUAUAAAGGAGCUUAAGUCCAAAAAAUGAUUAAAUUUCUGCAAUUGAACCUAAAUCGAUGCGAAGCUGCCCAAGACCUUUUAUCCCAAACAGCUUUGGAAUUAAAGACAGAUGUACUCGUAAUUAGUGAGUUUUACAAAUCAAAAGAAACCUCCAAAUGGGUACAAGAUACUUCUGCAAAGGCUGCCAUUUGGCUAGGAC